AAGCAGGGUAAGAGUAUUAGUACAGUCUUACUUGUGGAUUCACCCGUUGUUGACGUUCACGCCCAGUAAGCUUGAGCAAUUUUUCAGGCUCCUGCAAUGUCGCUGAAAUUCGCGGCCACGUCGCUGACUCGCAGCCUCGGGAGCGGACGAAGUCGAAAACAAUCCGCCAAAAUAAACCGCGCGUGCUGCGUCACGUUACUUGGCCACGAUGGGACAAAGGAGCGAAGCAGUUGCUCCUCCGGCGGCUCCAGGGGGCCGAGUGGCGACGUGCAACCGUGCAGCGAAACGCUCCACGCGGCGGCCGGACAGCGAGCCGAGGAGCCCGCGGGUGCGCCCGGUGUGACUGGCGCAAGGAGACGGGCGUCAACGUCUUCUGCCACCGCGGAUCCCGUGGACCACAAGACCUACAUGUGGGCUCGUUACGCUGAUCUGAGACGGCUGGUUCACGAUCUAAUUCCACCCGGAGCGUGCAAGUCCCUCAAUUCAUCAGCCAUCUACGCCAACAAUGAAGUCAGCUUGGCCGAAGUGGACAUCUACGGCUUUGACUACGACUACACGCUGGCUCUGUAUUCCAAUGCGCUCAACACAAUGAUUUACAACACAGCCAGGGACUUUCUCAUUGAGCACUUCAAGUACCCCGAGGGAAUCCUCAACUAUGAUUACAUUCCCAACUUUGCGGCUCGGGGGCUUCACUAUGAUAUCCAGAAGGGCCUCCUGAUGAAGAUAGAUGCCUUCCAUUACAUCCAGCCAGGAACAGUAUACAGGGGCCUGAGCCCCGUGCCAGACGAGGAGGUCCUCAAACUCUACGGGGGAACUUACCACAUCCCUCUGCAGCUGGAUAGCGGCUUCUAUGGAAAAGGCCCAAAGGUGAAACAGUUCAUGGACAUCUUCUCCAUCCCUGAGAUGACCCUCUUGGCUGUGGCAAAUGAUUUCUUCAUCACCAACGACAUUGAUUACGAUCCGGUUCACCUCUCCAAAGACGUCUCCGAAGCAAUCGGCAUGGUGCACCUCAAAGGCUUCAUGUACAAAUGGAUCAUGCAAGACCUUGACAAGUUCAUUCUGAGAGGAGAUGAGACUGAUGCUGUUUUGCACCGACUCGUCAGUCAUGGAAAGAAACUUUUCCUCAUCACCAACAGUCCCUUCAGCUUUGUGGAUAAAGGCAUGACGCACAUGGUGGGCAAAGAGUGGAGAGACUUCUUUGAUGUCAUCAUCGUGCAGGCAGACAAACCUCACUUCUUCACUGACUGUGUCAAACCCUUCCGUCGUCUGGAUGGCAAUGGGGACCUUCGCUGGGAAAAGAUCAGCAGUUUAGACAAAGGCCACAUCUACAAACAGGGAAACCUGUUUGACUUUCUCAGGUUAACGGGCUGGCGAGGAUCGAAGGUUCUUUACUUUGGAGACCAUCUUUAUAGCGACUUGGCUGACCUGACGCUGCGACACGGCUGGCGUACGGGCGCCAUUGUACCCGAACUGGAGCAUGAAACCAAAGUCGUGAGCACUGAGCGCUACUCUGUCAGCCUCACUUGGCUGCAGGCCCUCACUGGCCUGAUGGAACGAUUACAGACGCACCGUGACCCGGACUCCAAACAGGUGCUAGACGAGUGGCAGAAGGAGCGAGACGAACUUAGGGUGAUGACAAAGAACUUAUUCAACCCUCAGUUCGGCAGCAUCUUUCGAACGUGCCACAACCCCACGUACUUCUCCCGACGCCUGUCUCGCUUCUCCGACCUCUACAUGGCCUCCCUCAGCUGUCUCCUGAACUACGACCCUUCUCACACCUUCUACCCACGCCGCACCCCUCUGCAACACGAGUCGCCGCUGUGGAUGGACCAGCUCUGCACCGGAUGCAUGAAAACGCCGUUUCUGGAGGAAAUGGCUCAAAUUCGAUGAGCGCAUGGAUUUUUCAGACACUCGAUUGCCUUUUACAACAAAUAUGUUUGGGUGCGGCAAAGCGCCACAAAAUUGUACAUUGUGACCAGUUUCGCCAAAGAAGUAGAUGGGAAAACAGCCUGAAGAAAGUAAAGCUGAUUGGGCUGCUUCAACUCAUCAAAAAAAAAACAAAAAAACUACAUACGCACAAGUAGCUUUUCCUAUUUACAGUAGUUGUGGCAAUAAACUAGUGUGUGCAUAAAUAGUGGACUGCGGUUCACUCUUUCAUCUCAAGUAGGCGUUUACAUCUUUCAUUGCUUUUAUAAUUUUUACAUGAAGGAACUCACAUGGGGAAAAUAAUGAAGCAUUGAAUGACUACACUAUUAAGGAAAAAAUUUGAAUGCAAUGGUACUUUGACUUGCAAGUUUUAUGAGUUGUCAUUUGGCUGGGUUUUUUUUUAAUAUACAGUACAAGCAAAAUUGGAUGGAAUGGAUUCAUUGCAUCACCAUUCAUUUCAGCGGGGAAAGAUGAUUUGUGACAUGAGUGUUUUGAGAUAUGAGCCAGAUCGCUGAAUUAAUUCAAUUUGUAUCUCAAGGCACCACUGCAGGAACGUCAAAUUGUAAUCUUACAAGUGCAGUCAUAUUUUCAAGGGAAAAAAAUGGCAUAAUGCGAGAAUCAAGUCUAGCCAUCAACUUAAUCACUCUGCGAAAGGUUAUUCAGAGGGAAGAUACCUUUCCCCCGCCCUACGUAGUUGUUUUAACUUUAAUGUAAAAUUAAAACUUUUUCCCUCUCAUACUAUUUAGUUUCUGUGCAGCCUUAAUAGUUAUUUGUGAAAAAUGUCUUUGUGUAUAAUCAUGUCAUUAUGUUUUUUGCAGACAGUUUGGUUUGUUCAUUGCAAAGUCCAAAUGUCUCCUGAUCACAAACUCAAGUAAUUGCACGUUGUAAUGUAAUGCUGGUGUUGUUUAGGUCAGGAAAUAGAAUAGGUGGCAACUUCAAACAGCUUUAAAAAAAAGAGGUGGAUUCCUCUGGGCUCUGCGUACCCCUCUUCAGACUUGUCUCAAAUCGUGUCAGAUAGUUGCUGUUCAUGUUUACUUGCAUCGUACGAGUAUUAUCUCAAAGACAAGUACGACUGAGUUCAGUGGCAAUGCAUCUGAUGAAUGUACGUUUCAAUAAACUGUCUCAGCAGGAAAACA